UAAUGAAUAAUGAAUAAUUUCAUGCCUGAUUGUCCACUUCCUCUUCCUCCUCCAACUCCUACUCCUCAUCCCGUUGUUUUUCUUCGUCAAAAUGGUGGGAGACACGCGUCAAUUAUCUCUCGCUAAUUGAAUUGUGGUAAUGGCUUGACUCCAAAAUCUGGUGUCUCGGAUAGCAUGACUUACCUGAGAGUGACAUCUUUGUGUAUUGGAUAUUAGAUUAGAAAGUUAGAGUAGAUUGAGAUUGAGAUUGAGAUUGAAGUGUGGGUUCCCAUGGAAAUGGAAUUGGAAGCUGAAGCUGAAGCUGAUUUUAUGACGAAUGACAUGCUCACACUCCCACACGAUCCCUUUGAUCCCAACCACAUCCAUGAUGAUGAUAAUUUGGCUAUUGAAGGCGAAAGAUGUGGAAUAUGCAUGGAUAUCGUCAUUGAUAGGGGAGUUCUCGAUUGCUGUCAGCAUUGGUUCUGUUUUGUAUGCAUUGAUAACUGGGCUACAAUCACUAAUCUCUGCCCACUUUGCCAGAACGAGUUUCAGUUGAUCACUUGUGUACCAGUUUAUGAUACCAUUGGAGGCAAUAAAGUUGAAGAUGACUCAUUCUUCAGAGAUGACGAAUGGUCCAUUGAAGGGAAGAACAAUACAUUAUCGUUUCCCUCCUACUACAUUGAUGAAAAUGCAGUUACUUGUUUGGAUGGUGAUGGCUGCAAAGUUCGAAGUGGAUUGGAAACUAUUGAAGGAGAUUCUGAUCUUGAUACAUCAAUUGCAUGUGAUUCAUGUGAUACAUGGUAUCAUGCCUUCUGUGUGGGAUUUGAUACAGAAGGUACAUCUGAAAGUACAUGGUUAUGUCCAAGAUGCGUGGUCGGUGAAGUUUCUAAAGGAAGAGACACUGAUUCAAUGGAGAGCACGAUGGUAGAAUGUAACCCAGAGCAUAUUAACAAUCAAUGUCAGGCUGAGGAUUCCUUUUCAAGAAAAGUUUGUGUGUCUGUUGCUGAUGCGGGAGAGACAGCUGUUGUUGUUUCAAUGGUUGAUGGACAUAAAUGGGUUCCAUCAGCAAGCGAGAAAGGCCUAUUGCCUCUUGAACUUGGCAGGGAUCAAUUGACUGAAUCAUGUAUAUUAGAUUCUGACACAACUAAUCAGCAGAAAGCAAUGGAGAAGAAGAUUAUGUCACCAAUUGUGAAGGAACAAGAGCUGGAGUUGUGCUUAUCACACAAUGUAUCUGGUAGCCUAAGUUCUAAAUCCUUGGAGCAUAAUGAUCCAAAGGAAAGUGCUCAUGGAGCAAGGAGUGGACCAAGUAACCUUGAUGAAACCAAGUUAGCUGAUGAGUCCCAUGUCAAAACUAGUCCUUCUAGAAAUGAAUCUGAUAUGGGUCUUCAUCUUGGUUUAUCAGUGGGCUCUUUCCUAUCAGUUGAUAAUGUGGACAAGGAUGGAAUAAAAGAUCACACAACUGGUGUCAAGCACCUGAGUCCAGAUGAAUGUUCUAUGGAAGGAGAUGUAAUUGAAAACGAUGUUAAGAAGGAUAAUACUAGUGUAACUGCUGGGAAGAGAAAGCAUGUUGAUCACAGCAAUGAUGAAGGUCAUUUCAAAGUUGAUGGGGAUGUGAAGCCUGAACUUCCAAUUGAAGUGUCUCGAAAGAAAAUUAGAGCUGCUGGUGGUCAAAUGACUAGUAUUAAUAACUCAGCUGAUGCCCAGCUUUCAGACAAUGGUCAAAAGAGCUCUGCUUUGAACCAUUCUGCAUCCAAGGAGGUUGUCAGACCAACUAUAAUGAAUAUAGUUAAAGGUACAAACCGUAGGCUUUCCAAGGGACCUACUGGCACUAAUUCAUCCGACAAUGUGUCUAGAAAGGAUGAAAAUAUGGCUGGAUUGAGGGUAAAAAAGAUCAUGAAGAGAGUUGCUGAUGAUGGAGAAUCAUCCUUGAUAGUUCAAAAUCUAAGGAAGGAAAUUAGAGAAGCUGUCCGUAACAAAUCCUCUAUAAACUUUGAGGAAAAUAUUGAUACAAAGCUUCUUGCAGCAUUCAGGGCUGCUAUAGCUGGACCCAAAACUGAACCUGUAAAUAAGUUAACCCCUUCAGCUUUAAAGGCAAAGAAGUCAAUGUUGCAGAAAGGAACGGUACGUGAGCAUCUUACAAAGAAAAUUUUUGGGACUUCAAAUGGAAAAAGAAAGCGUGCAUGGGAUAGGGACUGUGAAAUUGAGUUUUGGAAAUAUCGGUGCAUGAGGGCUACAAGGCCUGAAAAAAUUGAAACUUUAAAAUCAGUUCUAGAUCUACUAAGAAAAAAUUCAGAGUCAACCCAGGGUCCUGAAUGUCAGGCCAAGGAUACUAUUCUUUCCAGGUUGUAUCUAGCAGAUACAUCUGUUUUCCCACGGAAAGAUGAUGUCAAGCCCCUCUCUGUACUUAAAACUGAUGCUAGCUCAGAGCAGACUAAACAAAAUAACCCGUCAGGAACAGAUAUAAAAAAUCUUUCAUGCAAUGCCAGAGUUUGUUCAUCUGAAACAAAAGUAGAUAAGAUUAUACAUGAUUCAGCUGGUGAUAAUUCAGCUUCUCGUAAGACAUCAGUUUCUUCUUCAGCUGGUGCCAAAGUUAAUGCAAAAGAAUUAGGACUUAAAUCAGAUUCUACGAAGAGUGAUAAAAAGAAAUGGGCCUUAGAGUUUCUUGCUAAGAAAACAGCUGCUGAGAGCAAAAGGACGGCAAAUGGAAGUCAAGAAGACAAUACAAUUUUUAAAGAUAAAUUUCCUUUGCUUACACAGCUUUACCGCCUGACAGAGCGCUUGUUGAGGAACACAAAUCUGCCAGUCAUUCGCAGAACUGCAGAUACAGAAUUGGCUGUUGCAGAUGCAAUCAAUAUUGAAAAGGAGGUUGCUGACAGAUCGAGCAGCAAGCUUGUGUAUUUGAACCUCUGCUCACAAGAGCUCCGACAUCGUGCAAAUAACACAAAAUCCAAUGUAGCUGAAGAUACAAAUCCCCCGGAGUCAUCUGCCAAGCUUCCUGAUCAAUCAGAACAUAAUGCUGAUGAUUGUUCAACUGACCCUGCUGUUGAAGCCUUGAAAAAUGCUGGUCUAUUGUCUGAUUCACCGCCUAGCAGUCCACAUGAUAACAGAGAAAUAGGUAAUGAAAAUGAUACUUCAGGGCCUGAUAAUAUACUUGAAUUGGAUUCUCAUCCUGAGCUGGACAUUUAUGGUGAUUUUGAGUAUGAUUUGGAAGAUGAAGACUACAUUGGGGUUUCAAAGGUCUUGAACCCAAAACCAGAGGAAAGUGAGUCGAAAGUGAAACUUGUUUUCUCCACCAUGAACUUGAAGUCAGAUGCAGCUUUGGAUGACUCAGACUGUAAAGGGUCCCUUAACAGUGAAGUACUACGGGAUGCCUCCGGCUCAACAACCUCUCACAUCGAAACAGUCCCUAGGGACUCAGCAACUGAUGCAGAGAUUGGCGGGCCUUCUGCUUCUGUUUCUUCUGAGUUAUGUGAGAGUGCUGUCGAGCCAGCUGAUUCCGAAUUUGAAGAAUUAUAUGGCCCUGACAAAGAACCACUCAUAAAAAAAUUUCCAGAUGCCGAACCAAGAACAACAUGUGGAGAGGGCAAGAAAGAAACACCAAGUGAGGCCACUGACAAAUCUAAUGUAUCUGAAACUGGUAAAAAUUCCCCAGGGAAAGAAGAGAAAUCUGAUGAUAUGAGUGCGAAGCAGUCUGAGUGUGACUCGAUAAACCAUGUAACAAAGAAGGUAGAAGCCUAUAUCAAGGAACAUAUGAGGCCACUGUGCAAGAGUGGUGUGAUCACAGCAGAACAAUACAGGUGGGCAGUUGCAAAAACAACAGAGAAGGUUAUGAAGUAUCAUUGCAAAGCAAAGAAUGCUAAUUUCCUCAUAAAGGAAGGUGAGAAAGUAAAGAAGCUUGCAGAGCAGUAUGCCGAAGCAGCCCAACAGAACCGAAAAAAUUGAUUUGCAUAUCAUCAGCAAGUUUUCUCUCAUGUUGCUCCCUUACUAAAAGAAACUUGAUUAAUUGUUCAGCUCUAGAUAUAUGUUAGAUUUAUAGCCCCAGCUCACCCUUCAUAUGUGAAUUGAGCUUAAGUAACAUGGGAGUGAUUGAGAUUUGAGAACAUGGUAAGCAAAAUGUAAAAUUUUUCACAUGACUACGUUCCAGUCCUCGAGUCAUCUUGUCCAUGAAUUUCAUCGGUCGUAAACAAAACAAAAAAUACAUCUAGUGAACGCCAGGAAAAUAUACUCACAAGAUAACUACAUUAUUCUUUCCUUCGGCAGAAACUUAUUUAUUGGCCAGCGAUCUUUCUUUUGUA